AAGCCAUUAACCUCACGUUGUCAACACAUAAGUACUUUUCUCUCGUCUUUGCACGCUUUUUUUCUCUGUCUAAAACACAACAAAACAAAGUUAAGAAAUUUCUACGGUCCAUGGUCAAAAAAACACCUUCAUAAAAAUAUAUAUAGAGAGAUCGUGAGUGCAGAGAAGGAAACGUUUCUCUUGUUUGUUGGAAUCUCCGUCCCUUUUCGUUGAUCGACGGUGGUGAAUCUAGACAUGGCGGCUGCGAAGCUCGUCGCUUUGUUACUUCUUGCCUUGCUUUUCACCACCAGCGUCUUCGCCGAUGCUGAUGAGCCGGAGAUUUCUGAGGCUGCCGGAUCCGAUGGCUCUUCCAAGAUCCAACUGGAUCAGCUUACUGCCAAGAUCCGUGCCCUAGAAUCCCAAAUCGAUGAGAAAACCCGGGAAGUUCAGGGCAAAGAUGAGGUAGUAGCAGAGAAGGAGAAACUUCUCAAAGAAAAGGAAGACAAGAUUUCUUCCUUGCAGACUGAAGUCUCAUCACUACAAAAAAAGGGAUCAUCAGAUUCUGCAAAACAUUUGGGAAAGGCUCAAGCGCGAGCUGCUGAAUUGGAGAAGCAGGUAGAGGUACUCAAAAACUUCUUGGAGCAAAAAAACAAGGAGAAAGAUUCCACUGAAGCUCGGACUAAUGAAGCUGAGAAAAAACUAAGUGAACUAAACUCAAGCCUUGACAAACUUCAGAAGACAAAUGAAGAGCAGAAGAACAAAAUAGGAAAACUUGAACGUGCUAUUAAGAUAGCUGAGGAAGAAAUGUUGAGGACAAAGCUUGAGGCAACCACAAAGGCUAAGGAACUGCUGGAGGCUCAUGGUUCGUGGCUUCCCCCUUGGCUUGCUCUUCACUGGUUUAAAUUUCAGACUUAUACCGAGACACAUUGGGAGGCCCAUGGGAAACCUGCUGUGGAGACAGUAAUUCUAAAGGUGACGGAAGCAAAAGCUCAAGUUGAAAAGUGGGCUGAACCACAUGUUGAAAACGUUAAAACUAAAUAUAUUCCAGCCAUCAAGGAAACCGUUACUACACAUGUUGAGCCACACGUCCGAACACUAUCCAUCAAAGCUAAAGAGGCUUACCAUGCAUCAAAGAGUGCUGUUUCCCCUCACAUUGCCACGGUUCAAGAAUUUGUAGACCCCUAUUAUCAGGAGGCCAAAAAGUUCAGCAAGCCAUAUGUCGACCAAGUGGCCACGACCACGAAACCACAUGUUGAUAAAAUGAAGGUUGCGAUGAAACCUUACACAACCAAGGUGAUCAUCGUCUAUACAGAGUUCCUUGAAUCCGCCACAACUUAUCACCAUCAGGUCCAAGCCCAUAUCGAACGAAAACUGAAAGACCAUGAGCUGACAGAGCCUUUUGCUACCAAUGAGUUUGUUUGGUUUGCGGCCUCUGCAUUGUUGGUAUUUCCCAUCUUCGUUGCUUACAAAGUGCUCUGUUCUCUCUUCUGCACAAAGACAAAGAAACCUGUUAAACACCCUCAUCACCAUGGUCGUCGUAAGGCCAAAAGGGGUCACACUGACAAGUGAUAUUCAUUGUUCCACGCUCUCAAAAUAGUCGAGGUCACGAGGUUAAAACGCCAUUGUCGUUGGACUGUUCUAAGGUCAGGUCACCGGACAGAUUGCUUGUUGAAUGAAGGGAAAGUCUCGAGUUGGUGUCUGAUGGGUGUUUAGAGGCUCUUUGUGCACAAGUAUUGACUUCUUUCCUUUACUAUAUUGUAUUGUUUUGGACAAUUUAUUUCAGUAUUUUUACACAGAAGGUUAGACAUUACUAGAGAAAUUCUAGCAACUUGGUUGUAUUUUAGUGUAUUUUUCUAUUUCACGUGGAUAUAUAUUGCGAUAUCUUUAAUUUCAUUCGUAGUCUUUUCUUUCUCAA